UGGUGGGAAUUUGCAGGGACACACACUCACACACACACCCCUGGUGGGAUUUUGCAGGGACACACGCAUGCGAGCUCAGGGUGCCCAGGGCGCCGCACGGCUAGCAGGCUGCGAAGGUCACAUGCCCAUCCGCUGCCCCAUUGUGGGUGCGUUGGCUCACAAAGUGUGGCGAUCAAUCUCUCUAGCAACGGGAUCGUGGCACCAGCAGACACCCCCACUCCCCCCUUUGGAAAAGCAAAGCUCUGGGAAGCAUUCACAGUGUUUUCCUCGCCACAAAUCCCUCCAGAGGAAAUCUCUCAAAGGCAGGCUUAUAAGCCUCCUCAGCUUUGCACUGCCUUUGAAGGAGAGCGGUCUGAUGAUCUGCAUGGUGUGAGGAGCCAUGAGACCAGACGACAUUAACCCUAGGACGGGACUAGUAGUGGCUUUGGUCAGCGUCUUCCUUGUUUUUGGCUUCAUGUUUACCGUUUCUGGGAUGAAAGGGGAGACCCUGGGAGACAUCCCCCUCCUGGCAAUAGGAUCUGCUAUUUGCUUGCCGGGCAUAGCUGCCAUUGCAUUAACGAGGAAAACAGAUGGCUGCACCAAAUGGCCUGACAACAAGCGUCCCUGCUGCAAAAAGGCAAAAGACAAGGAAGUGGUGGAGCUGCUGAGAACACCCUCGGAUCUGGAAUCGGGCAAAGGCAGCUGCGAUGAGCUAGCCAAGAAAGCAUACUUGAAGGACAGGAAAGUGCUGAAGGGAGAGGACUCUGUGUCCAUCUGCACCACCACCACAACCACCACCACCACGGGAGAAUGCAAGAGCCUGAUCAAAAGGGUGGACCAGGAGGAGAUGCUGAGAUACCUGGAGACCUGCUAUCUGGAGAUGCCAGGGAACGUGCUCGUGGGAGAGGGUCCCACUUACAGUGCCUUGGAGAAGAAAAAUUCCCCUCCCUGGGACAGUGCUGCCUGCCCUGACACAGAGGACAACAUUUUUGUGGCUCCAAAAGACAGUAUAAUUGUCUGUUCCUACAAGGAGAAUAGCCCUUACGACAGAUAUUGUUGUUAUAUAAACCCUACUGGAGUCAGCUCGGACCAUGAGACUAUAGUUUGAAUGAUGCACAUUUUCUAUAUCUCUAUGUAUUUUUACAGACUCUACAUCUUUCAGCUCUUAAUAGGGGAAAGUAGCUAAUAGCACUGCAUGGAACACUCCUCAUACUAUUACAAAUUUAACCUGGUAUGUGACUGAUGCUCAAACCUUUUGUGCCUGAAAUACUUUCUGUAAGUAAAUAAGCAUGUUUAAGGCUAAGAACUCCUUCUUUGUGAAAAUCAAUUUUAAUUAUUUUUAAAAAUAUCAGUGCUGAAUAUUUUGUCCAGACACCCCUGCUCCCAAGCCCCGAGCUCCUAGACAAGUUGGCAAGAUGAAGGCAAGAGUCAAAAGUCUGGAGCUUGCUGUGUAAAAUAACAUGCAAUAUGAAGGAGUGGAUCUUAGGAAUAGUGUCACUUCCUUUAUUUCUGAAGGAAUUGAUAGAAGUCAAUGUGCAGUUGAAUUAGUUGGCUGCCUGAUGUUAAGCUGUUAGAAAAGCUUUUCAGUUCAAUCAGUCUUAGACUCAGACAGGCAAAAUCAGGGAAUCAAAGUCUGACUUCAGUUUUCUGCUCUUAUUAGAUUUUACAUGACCUUGUUUUAGGAAAUCAAAGAGCAACAUUGUAGGCUAUUACCCUGCCAGCCUCCUGAGUCAAGGAAGGGGACUAGGAUAGAGAGAAUUU